AAGAAAAUGUCAGUCAGCAUGCAUGAAAAUCGCAAAUCUAGGGCCAGUACUGGCUCCAUAAACAUAUACUUGUUCCACAAGUCAUCCUAUGCUGAUAGUGUCCUCACGCACCUGAACCUUCUGCGUCAGCAGCGUCUCUUUACAGAUGUACUUCUCCAUGCUGGGAACAGGUCAUUCCCCUGCCACAGAGCCGUUCUGGCUGCUUGUAGCCGCUAUUUUGAAGCAAUGUUCAGCGGAGGACUGAAAGAGAGCCAGGACAGUGAAGUCAACUUUCAUAAUUCAAUUCACCCAGAAGUCUUGGAGCUUCUUCUGGACUACGCAUAUUCCUCCAGGGUUAUCAUCAAUGAGGAGAAUGCGGAAUCACUGCUGGAGGCUGGUGACAUGUUGGAGUUUCAGGACAUUCGGGAUGCUUGUGCAGAAUUUCUGGAGAAAAACCUUCAUCCCACCAACUGUCUUGGCAUGCUGCUGCUGUCAGAUGCUCACCAGUGCACCAAGCUGUAUGAGCUCUCUUGGAGGAUGUGCCUUAGCAACUUCCAGAGUAUCAGUAAAAGUGAAGACUUCCUCCAGCUGCCAAAAGACAUGGUAGUGCAGCUCCUUUCCAGUGAAGAAUUAGAAACUGAAGAUGAAAGGCUGGUAUAUGAAUCGGCUAUCAACUGGGUCAACUACGACCUGAGCAAGCGUCACAGUUUUCUGCCAGAGUUACUGCAGACGGUGAGACUGGCCCUCUUGCCAGCCAUAUACCUUAUGGAGAAUGUGGCCAUGGAAGAACUCAUCACCAAGCAAAGGAAAAGCAAAGAGAUUGUAGAAGAAUCGAUAAGAUGCAAGUUAAAAAUCCUACAGAAUGAUGGAGUGGUUACUAGUUUGUGUGCCAGACCCCGUAAAACUGGCCAUUCACUUUUUCUUCUGGGUGGCCAAACCUUCAUGUGUGACAAGCUAUACCUGGUGGACCAAAAGGCAAAGGAGAUCAUUCCAAAGGCUGACAUACCAAGUCCACGGAAAGAGUUCAGUGCUUGUGCCAUAGGCUGCAAAGUGUAUAUCACAGGGGGACGAGGGUCGGAAAACGGAGUCUCCAAAGACGUGUGGGUGUACGACACCCUUCACGAGGAGUGGUCAAAGGCUGCUCCCAUGCUGGUAGCUAGGUUUGGGCAUGGAUCUGCUGAACUUAAGCACUGUCUGUAUGUCGUAGGAGGACACACUGCAGCAACUGGUUGCCUUCCAGCUUCCCCUUCAGUAUCCUUGAAGCAAGUAGAACAAUAUGACCCUGUGACCAACAAAUGGACCAUGGUUGCCCCACUGCGAGAGGGAGUGAGCAACGCAGCUGUAGUCAGCGCGAAGCUUAAGCUGUUUGCUUUCGGAGGUACCAGUGUUAGCCAUGACAAGCUGCCCAAAGUUCAGUGCUAUGAUCAGUGUGAAAACAGAUGGACAGUACCAGCCACCUGCCCCCAGCCCUGGCGCUACACGGCUGCAGCUGUUCUGGGUAACCAGAUUUUUAUUAUGGGUGGAGAUACCGAAUUCUCCGCGUGCUCCGCUUACAAAUUCAACAGUGAGGCAUACCAGUGGACUAAGGUGGGAGAUGUGACAGCCAAGCGAAUGAGCUGCCACGCAGUGGCAUCUGGAAACAAAUUGUAUGUGGUUGGAGGCUACUUCGGCAUUCAGAGGUGCAAAACGCUGGACUGCUACGAUCCCACGUUAGAUGUGUGGAACAGCAUAACAACUGUGCCCUAUUCGUUGAUUCCCACGGCAUUUGUCAGCACAUGGAAGCACCUCCCCUCAUAA